AUGGCAUUUUCUGGAAGCAGGAGUGAGUGCCAUGCAUGGACUAGAAAAAGUAAAACUCGAGCAUCAGUUCCUUCUCCAGAGCAGCAAAAUGCUCCCACAUCUGUCCAGGAGAAUGAAGCUGGCAGAUCUUUAAGGCCACGGAAAAAUAAAAGAAAUGUAUUUCGGCUAGUAGAUGAAUUUGAUGACGAGGUCCCUGGUGACUGGAAAUUUCCAGCUGAAUGCCCUAACAGUUCUGUUGUAGGUGAGGAAAACAUUGCUGGCAAAGAAUUUCAAGUGGAAAAUGAAUCCCAGACAAAAAAGGCGAAGAGGAAUUCCGUGAAGCCCACUGGUGAUAAAGAAAAACCAGCUGGAAAGCCGAAGACGGCUAAGGAAACAUCAGAUCAGGCGGCAAAACCAAAACCUAAAAAGUUCUCUCACUCUACCCUUAAGCGAAGACGAGUGGACAAGGUUUUGUUAGAAACUCCUGAGGAUGAGAUUGACUUUCAAAAGGUGCUUUUUAGGGAUUUAAUUUUGCUUGCGGAGCACAAGGAGCAGCUGAAGAAAAAAGAGGCAACAACCGGAGUACCCUCUACAAAUCAGAGAUAA